AUGGCAACACUCGAUGUCGAGGCUCUGUUGGACGCCACUGCCAGCGGCAAGGACGACGUGAAAGACGACAAGCCCAGAGACUCAGAUGACCGUCUCAAGGCAGACCGUGCAGACCGCCGUGACCGCGACCGCGCUCGAGACGACAGUCGGGACCGCGAUCACGACCGCAAGCGCCGCGACCGCAGUUCCGAUCGCGGAAGACGAGAUCGCGGUGCCGACGGGGAGGGCACCCCGCGCAGUGACACAGGUAGCCAUAAGAGUAGGCGUAGAAGCCGGAGCCGCGAUGAUGACCGCCGACACUCACGACGUCACAGAGGGGGAGGCGACGGAGACUUCUACCGUGGCGGCCGCGGACGCGACCGCUCUCGCUCUCGUUCGCCCAAUCGAUACUAUCGCCCUAGAGAUGAGCGUCGCGGCGAUCGCGAGGACCGCGCUUCUCAGCGGGACGAUCGCCCUCGCGGUGGCCGCACGCCGAAGAGAGAUGCUACCCCUCAGCUGACGGAAGAUGAGCGUGAUCGCAGAACCGUUUUCGUCCAGCAGCUUGCUGCCCGUCUCCGUACCAAGGAGCUCAAGGAGUUUUUUGAGAAGGUUGGCCCCGUCAACGAGGCCCAGAUCGUGAAGGACCGAAUCAGUGGCAGAUCCAAAGGCGUCGGCUACGUUGAAUUCAAGCAAGAAGAAUCCGUCACUGCUGCUCUUCAGCUCACAGGUCAAAAGCUCCUAGGUAUUCCUGUCAUUGUUCAGCUCACCGAGGCUGAGAAGAACCGACAAGUCCGUACCACCGACAGCUCUGGCACCCAUGCCAACUCCAUCCCUUUCCACCGAUUGUAUGUUGGCAACAUCCACUUCAGCAUCACCGAGCAAGACCUGCAGAACGUGUUUGAGCCGUUUGGCGAGCUUGAGUUCGUCCAGCUCCAGAAGGACGACAACGGCCGCAGCCGCGGUUACGGGUUUGUACAAUUCCGUGAAGCUGACCAGGCUCGCGAGGCACUUGAGAAGAUGAACGGAUUUGACCUCGCAGGUCGCCCAAUCCGUGUUGGACUUGGAAACGAUAAGUUUACCCCUGAGUCAACUGCCAAUCUCCUACAGAGGUUCCAGGGACAAAACCAACCAUACCAGGGAUCCGCCUUUUCUGGCGCUGGAGGCCGAGGCCAGCAGUCUUCCGGCUUUGACCGAGCCGGCGGUCGAGAUAACGACAAGGCUACGGGCGCCAGCGCAUUGGACGAUACUGAUGUCGGCGGCGUCAACUUCAACAACUACAGCCGAGACGCGUUGAUGCGUAAGCUUGCCAGAACUGAUGACGCUCCUAACGGUGGCCGCGAUGAGAGACAGAUCUUGAAACCGAAGACGGAGGCCAAGCCUCUGCCCGUCAAUGUCAACAUGGCUAGUCGCUGUGUUGUUUUGCACAACAUGUUUGAUCCUGCUGAGGAAGAAGGUGAAAGCUGGGUUAAGGAAUUGGAGGAUGACGUGAGACAGGAAGCCGAGGAGAAAUACGGCCAUGUGGUCCACAUCUCCCUAGACCCGAAUUCCCAAGGCGAUAUCUACCUCAAGUUCGACAAGGUCCAAGGAGGCGAGAACGCUAUCAAGGGCUUGAACGGCCGGUAUUUCGGAGGACGCAUGAUCAGCGCUGCACCUGUUGUGGAUGCCGUCUACAGCAGACCUUCACCUAUUCUCUACUGGGGCUUCGUCAAUCGCGCAAGCGUCACAGUACACACCAAUUCCGUCCUCGACUUCAUCCACAACUUCUCAGCAAAAAUCAUCGGCAGGCGCAUUUCGGUUUUACCCUUUUCCGCAUGGACUACAUAUAUUGACCCUGGCUUUUUCGUACUGAUUUAG